AUGCCCCCGGCCGCCUCGGACGACUUGUUUCGCCAGCAGAUCCGGUUACCGGGCGUUAUAGGCCCCGUGGAAGACCCGAACCCCGUUAAGCCAGAUAAUGAUAUUGGGGGAAAGAGUAAGAAAAAGGGAAAGAAGAAGGGAGCCAAGGUGACUUCAAGGGUUCCCGUGGACGACUUGCUAGAAGGAUCCCCGCCGUCACAGGCUGAACCCUCGUCUUAUCCUGAUCCACCUCCGGAACCACAGCCCGAGCCCAAUGCUAUAGUAUCACCGGUCCUUGACGCUUUAGGUUCGCUCACGGACACGCCUGAGCAAGACUUCGCCUACCGAACGAACAACUGGGCCAAAUCCAUCCCUUUUGGGAAGAGCCCGCCAAACGACGGCUACGAGGAUGAUCUCGUCAGCGGAUCCCCGUUUGGUGGCUUUCUCACGAGUCAGGAUAAAGGUGGUUUCAGCCAUCCGUCUUCCGCCUCUCCACCACCACCCAGGACAAGACCUCUGAGUUAUGGGAAUGGCUACUCCAGUAGCGCCAUUUCUCGUCAGCAGUCUACAGAUAGGCAGAAGAGCCUGUCUGUACACACCCCGUUUAGUGAUCGGAUAGCGCCUCCUCACCACCCGCAACCACACUUCUACGGUGCGCCCGACAUUGAUAUACCGUCACCCCCCGGUCAUAGCCGGCUAUCGACAGACUCUCACUAUUCGUUCUGCGCAUUCGAUACUAUCUCAAACCCACCAUUCAAGUCGUCUCGGCUGAGCGGCAGUGUUCUUUUGGUUGGUAGCGAUGGUACUUUGGAGGUUUUGACAGUCGAGGAUCGCAAGACACGCCCUAUUGGAAGGUUGGAUGGUCUCAACGGGAGGGUAGUUGAUGCAAAGAUGCUAGCAGGUGAUGACUCAACAUCUGGAACCCGGCCACAUGUUGCUAUCAUCCUUCAUGGCCCUUGUGUCCCAUCCGAUGACGAGGGACAUGCUUCUUCUAAUGGCUCCGAGGCGAAUGAUAUUCCCACAGUGCGAUAUGCCAGCGCUGAUAAACGUCAUAGCAAGGACGACACACGGUUCUACCAAACAAGGGUUGAAGUCUACUCACUCAGAACGGGAGACCACAUCUCGACCCUGUAUACAACAAAGCCUAGUCCUUGUUUUGAGAAUAUCCCAGGACUCUCAAAUUUUGCGCCCUCGCCAGCCGGAAAUUUGAGGCUUUUUACAAGUGGCAGCUACCUCGUCAUAGCGUCUGGUAUCAGUGGCGAGGUCUAUAUCUAUAGUAUGAAUCGAUAUCAGUGCCUUGGGAAAACCUGGACCAGUAUUCAGUCGAGGGAAGCAAGACGAUAUUCAACAUCCUCAAGCUCAACGGACCCGGACGGGUCCCGAAAUGACUCACCCAAUGGAACUGCCAAAGCCGAUAACCCGAUCAUCGCCUUGAAGGGAAGAUGGUUAGCAAUUGUACCGCCGUCAUUUACGUAUCGAGCAUCGCUGGGUGGAAUAAUACCAGCGCCUUCGGUGCAGGGGAAGGUCUUUGGGCUGGAGACCCGUAGUCCCCCCUCGCGACCAGCGACUACCUGUGCGACUGAUGUUGGUGAUGGUGAAAGCCUUUUUGACAAAGUUGCUAGAGGUGUCACGCAGGAGUUUGUGCGAGGAGCCCGUUGGAUGAGUGACCAGGGCUUACAAGCCUGGAACAGUUAUUGGAACAAGGAUCAGCAACAAACAUCUCAGCAGCGCCGCUCUCAAGUGAUGGAUUUUCCCCAAGGAUACAGUCUAUUUCCUCCAACUCAUGCCCAAGAGACCCAGACCGCGUCCCCAGCCGAGCCCGAUCUCGUAUCUAUUCUCGAUCUGAGAAAGCUUGACGAAAAUGGAGAUUCGAAGAGCGCGAUUAUGUUUAGCCCCGUUGCCACAUUUCAAGUACCGAAUGGCUGCAGCUUUUUGUCCUUCUCUCCCAGUGGGCUCAUGCUCCUUACCGCGAGUAAGAAGGGCGAUGUCCAAUAUGUAUGGGACCUCAUGCAGGCCAAGUAUUGUCGCGCUGGGCUUUUCUUGACCGAGGACUCGGCGGCAGUAACUGCAAGUGUGCGCCAAGUUGCACGGUAUUCGCGGUUGACGGAGUCGCAUAUCGUGGAUGUGAUAUGGUGCCCACCUUCUGGUGACCGUCUUGCCAUCAUUACUCUCAAAGGCACUGUGCAUGUCUUCGAUCUCCCACGAACCGCUUUUCAAUGGCCUCCUUUCCGCAGGGCUCGGCCUGCGAGAGGAAAACAACCGACGAACGACGUGGCGACAGAAGAGUUAGCUGUGCGGACGACUAAUAGCAACCCUCUAUCGACAGCCAUGAAGCUUGUUGGAGGUAAAACUCAGCCAAUCUUUGAAGCUGUCAGGGGCCGUGCACCGUCAGCCGGGGCAGCAUUUCCUGCCAUGAAUGGAUUUAUGAUCCCGACCGCGGCUGGUAUGGGCGGCAAAGCUGUCGCUGCUGGUCUUAGCAAGUCAAUGGGGGCUGCUGCUAGUGGAACAGUUAAUACUCUGCGUCAUGUGGGUGAAAACCGGCUCCACAUCUCUGGAUUCACACGCGAGCCCGCUGCGUCGCGUGUCACCUGGAUCAUUCACAAGGGCCAGCCAUUCUUAGCUCUUAUAGCAAACGGCUACUUCCGAUUGUAUAGGGUCAAGCGGUCCGUGCUGCCCAACAAAUCCCGACAACCACAGUCAGUUGUUGGUAGCAAGGAAAUCGAAUUUCGACUGCCCGCGAAUUUGUCUAGCUCUUGUGGUCCCAUGGGGAUCAGCAGCCUCAAUCCAGAGUUGAUGGUCCGCGCCACCCUCGCUUUACCAUCGUCUACUGUACGGCCGUCCGCGUCAUCGAAACUCAAGUGCCAGCCACUUUCGCAGGCGGAACUUGAGACCAAUGCACCAUAUCAACCAUUUCAUACUGAUCAGAGAGUAAGCUUGUUUACUUACUCUGAAACGGGAGUGGCAGGUGGCUCAUUGACUUCAUCGCCAAAGGGCCAGUGGGUAUUUGGCGGUAACUUGCCCAUGUCCAAGCUGCAUGUUCGUCGAGUUAGUGCCAGCAGCGAGGAUGAAGGCGAAGAUGCCAUGCACGAACUUCAACAGGGUCUAGGUGGAGGAAUUGAGAAUACGAUCAGCAUGGGUAACAGUACUAGCAACGUGGAGGAAGUGGUAAUUACUACACGACGGAAGAAGAAAUAUUCGUCACCACUACAGGCUGGCGGCGAGGAUGGGUUCUUCGAAGACGACUGUGAGGUUUUGGAUUUCGCCGUUGACCGGGUUUAA